UUUAUCAUUUCAUCCCUUCCUUUUGCUUUUCAAUUAUCAUCCAAGAAACCAUGGCAGUUCCUAUAGAUACCGUAUCUGGUCCAUUGGGAAAUUACGGUGGAAAUUUUUGGAGUUUUCGACCGGUUAACAAGAUCAAUCAAAUUGUUAUUCUUUCUGGCGGGUCAGGGAAUAACAACCCUAUUGGUAUAACUUUUUCUUGCAUUAAAGAUGAUGGUUCAAAGGAAACGAUCACAGUAGGUGGAGGUGGAACAGAUACCAGGGUCACCCGUACUGACACGGUUUUUAUUGAUGGCGCGGAUGAAUACUUGACCGAAAUAUGCGGAACGUUUGGACCUUUCAUAGAUAGCACGUACAGUGUCUUACGAUCAAUAAAAUUUACUACCAAUGUAAGAGUGUUCGGGCCAUACGGCCCUGAAGUUGGAAGGCCAUUCAACUUUCAGGCUCCGAAUGGCCAAAAGAUUGUUGGAUUCAUUGGUCGAGCUGGAUUCUAUGUUGAUGCUAUUGGUAUUUAUAGUGCCUAAGUGAUUAUAUCGUCACUCUCAAGCUUAAUGCUCCAUUGGAACACGUCUGUGUUGGUUGUUGAAUAAGUUCCAAAUGGUUUGAAUAAUGUUGUAUUAAGUGUUGCUUGUUAAUUUUAUGUUUGUCAAAUGUCCUUUGAUGUAUGAGAUUUGUUGAUUCGUCAA